AGAGCAACGGCCCCAAGAGUGCGCAUCGAGGUUAUUUUUACACGCAGGAAACAAAAGAAAUAGACGAAAGCAAAGAAAAACUUGAUUCACUAGUCAUGUCAAUGGCAGCACGCAUCAGUAGUGGUGAUGUCGGGCGUCCGCGUCAGCUGUCGUCCGAGGUGAUCAUGAGCGCCCGAAACGAAGCAGAUGCGCCUGGCAAAGCCACUGCCUCGACGCCGCCGGCGGUGCCCGCGCCGCCGCUGAUCACGAAAGAGCUCCUGCAGAUCGCCGAGGACCUGCGGAUUGUGGUGGCGAAGGGCACCUGGCAGAGCUACGGCAGCGAGGCGGAGAUACGACGGCAGUCGGAGGACGAUCCGUGUGGCGCACCGCCCAUCCCGCACCGCCCCCCGAUCACCGUGCAGUUCGAGGUAGCCCGCCAGGCGAUCCUGCGCCACCGCACGACGGCGCACAACAACUACUUCACCAAGGAGGCGAGCGAGGACAGUCGCGAUCUGCGCUCGUCGCACAACCCCCUUUACGAGCUGAUGCGUGAUGAGGUGGACUCGGCGGUACAGGCGGUGCCGCGGCGGUGCGUGGCGGGGACGCAGACGUACCACGUCCGCCGUGUGAACGCGGUGGCCCAGGCUGAGCCGACGAUGGUGGACGCGUGCAUCCGCCACGUCCCGCCCCCCGUGAAGGAGGAGCCGAAGCUGAGCGCUUUUCUGGACAAAGUCCUCCCCCGCACCCUCCACUGUCUCACCCAGAACUAUCAGGUUCCCAUCUACACGGACGACUUCAAGAGCCUCAGCGAGGACGAUGCCGUGGUGGCCACGCGCGAUGAGCUCGUCCUCAUUGAGAAGGGCAACUUCAUGCACAACUUCACGAAGGACCGCAAGGUGAGUGCGGUGAACUGGCGCAGCAGUCGCCGCCGCGACCACAUGGUCUGCAUCGCCUCCAUCAGCCAGCAGUCCCUGCAAGAGCGCCUGCAGGCCAACCGGCGGUGCGACAGCAGCGUGUCGCUGAUUUGGGACCUGACCGAUCCGAUGCACCCGCGCUACAUCCUUGAGUCGCCGGUGGAGGUGCAGGUGCUGCAGUUCCACCCAACCCGUCCCAACCUCGUGGCGGGUGGCGCGAUGAAUGGGCAGGUUUAUCUGUGGGACCUGAGCCUCGGAGAAGCGGCGACGCUGUUUACGACGAACCCCGCUGCGCAAAAGACGCAGCAGCAGCGGCAGCGGCAGGCGCGCAACACCAACACCCGCGACUCCCCCACCGAUGUGGAUCUUCCUGCGAAUGCCGCGGCGGUCGGCGGGGUCGAAGAUGACAACGAGGCCGCCGCAACGGAGUUUCGUGAAGUCGGUGCGGUGCCGCGGAUGCCGGAGAGCUUGAAGGCGGUUACCCUCGAGCUGGACGGUGACGUUAACGUGCCACGCCUGCAGCCCAUUCAGCUCUCUCGCAUUGAGCUCUCCCACCAGUGCCCGGUGCACGACCUGCAGUGGAUGCCUGGCAACCUCGAAUUCGGCUUUGACGGCAAGCAGACGGUGGUGAGCGAGACGCAUCAGUUCGCCACCAUCGGCGAGGAUGGUGCAAUGCUGGUCUGGGACACCCGAUGCGAGCACCUGCCGCAGGAUAAGCUGCGCAAGAUCAAACACCAGAGCCGUGUCGGUGGCGUGGAGCAGCCGUGGGUGCCGCUGCUGCGCUACUCGUUGGCCAAACCAGACGGCAGCGGCGACUUGGCCGGCUUUCGCUUCUUUCUCAGCGGCUGCACGGUCGACGAGGUGCCGUCCUACUCGGCGGCCGUGGGCAGCAUGGACGGCCAGCUCGGGUUUUGCUCGAUGGUGAUGCAGCACGAGCGGCGGCCCUCCGUCGUGCUGCCCACAUUCGGCUUCACGCGAGAGACGCGCUUUGUGCGCAACGUGGUGGCCGACGCGCACGGUGGUCCCGUUUACUGUGUGGAGCGCCACCCGACGAUCGGUGAUGUGUACUUGACCUGCGGUGACUCGUCGUUUAAGGUGUGGCGCACCGACGUGCCGAUGCCGCUGUACGAGUCCCCGCAGCGACCAGCCGCCGUCUACUGCGCCUCCUGGUCCCCUGCCCGUCCUGGCCUCGUCUUUAUUGGGAUCGGCAACGGCAUGGUGGAGCUGUGGGACUUGCUCGACCGCAACCCGGAGCCGAUGCUGACCCACCACCUUGUCCAGGACGCCAUCACUUCCAUCUCCUUGCAGCCGCUGCCGCACCGCGUUAACAGCCGGUACUCGCAGCAGAUCCUCAUCGGCACCAACCUGGGCUCCUUCCACUGGUACGCCUUGCCCACGGCUCUCUCGCGGGUGACGAGCGGGGAGCGGCGAUAUGUGCGGGCCAUGCUGGAGCGCGAGGCGCGGCGCGUGGCGUACUACAGCUGGCGCUGGUCGGAGCGGCAGUCGGAGAUCGAUCGCUUUGGCCUGCAGGAAGCCGCGGCGCGGCUGCGCGGCACGAUUGCGACCACCGUACACGUCGGCAGCGGAGGCCCUGGAAGCACGGGCAGGGCGUCGAGGGACAACGGGGAUCAGGAUGAAUUGUUGUUGGUGGCGGAGCGUCGACAGCCGAAGGAGGACCUAGACAUGAAGGACUUUGAAAACCCCUAUGCGCAGGACCCGCAGCGUGAUGAGGAAUUUCUUGCGUUGGUGGAGCUGCUUCACGUGGAGGAGAUGGAGCGUCUCAGGGGCGACUCGGGGUCUUAA